GUAGAACUUUCCUCAGUGGGCAAUCUUCAACAGAAGUAAAGGAGUAGAGGUGAACUGAAGCUGAAUUUUAUUCCAGAAUGAAGAUCCUCCUCAUUUUUACCCUCUGCCUGGUCUCAGGUCCAGUAACCUGCUCUGAUGUGAUCGGUUACUCAGGAGGCAGCGUCAUUAUAUUCUCUAAUAUAAACUGGUACACACAUGAUAGUAAAUAUAUUUGUAAGGUGAAAGAAAAUGACUGCAGUGAUAUAAUACGUGCCGACACCAAACGCAGCAAAGUUCAAGAUGGAAGAUUCAAGUUGUACUCAAACACAAACGAUCUCUUCUUAGUAUUGAUCAGAAAGCUGAAGCCACAGGAUGCAGGAACUUACAGAUUUGGAUUGGGGAAUCAGAACAACUCUACUGUGAACCUAAAAGUGUAUAAUAGUGCAUUUUGUGGGGUGCCAAAAAUACUGAAUGCUUAUCUUGGGCAGAAUAUAACCAUCACCUGUAAAUAUCCGGGGGAGUAUGAAAGUAACAACAAAUAUAUUGACUCAGUGGACGAUAACAAUUUAAUUAAAAACAUUCUUAACACUAACACAAAUUCUCAGAACGGCAGAUUCUCCAUUACUGAUGACAAAAGUGCUAAAGUUCUCAGCGUGAACAUCAGCAAUGUGACAGAAACUGAUGAAGUAUUUUAUUUACUUGGCGUGUGGAAUGGAGACGGGGCAGUCAGAUAUUAUACCUACUUUGCAGAGAUUCAGCUUCACAUUAAAGGAUCAAGUACAACUAUUCAACCAACAACAACAGGGUCCAACAUGAUGACAUCAUCAUCACAGACAGAAAUCCAGUCUACAAUGUGUUUCAGUUCCUCUGCCUUCAUCAGCGUGUGUGUCUGUAUGGCUUUGCUGCUGAUUGGAGGAUUUGCCCUGAUGAUCUACAAACUGAGAUGCCAGAAAACGCAAGGUUCAAGACCUUCAUCCAGGAGACACCCUGAGGCCUUUAACAAAGCUCAUUCUGAUCCUGGGAAUAAUCAGGCUGAUUAUGAGUGUCUGGAUCCAGAAACACAGCUCACCCCUGUUUAUGACACUAUUCAGGUUUAAGUGAGUCCUGAUGAUACAAUCCAAAUCGAGGCAAGAAUUUGUCAGGAUUUAUUUUCAUGCAACAGCACAAUAUGCCAUGUGUUAAUCCGUACUCUAUUUCGGU